GAUUGAGAAUUGCAUCAUUGUCAAAUCACAGAUUAGUCAUAUUCGGUAGGCUGCUUCACGUUUCGUUUGCAGUAAAGUAGAAAAUUUGGCCGUAUUUUGACGACGAGAAAAGUUUUCUGUAGCUUUUAACGCUAAGUUCAAGCCAAUCGUUAAUCAGUCUACAAUGGCCACACAGUUCCUCAAUCGAAUCGGCCAGCUCGGUUUGGGCGUUGCGAUAGUCGGUGGGGUAGUGAAUUCGGCAUUAUAUAACGUUGAUGGAGGCCAUCGAGCAGUGAUCUUCGAUCGUUUCACUGGCGUUAAGCAACAGGUUUCUGGCGAAGGUACCCACUUCUUUGUCCCAUGGGUGCAGCGGCCAAUCAUCUUCGACAUUCGAUCACAACCACGUAAUGUUCCCGUGGUGACCGGAAGUAAAGAUCUACAAAACGUGAACAUCACUCUUCGUAUUUUGUUCAGACCAGUGCCAGAUCAGCUGCCUAAAAUUUACACCAUUCUUGGCCAGGAUUACGACGAACGAGUGUUGCCCUCGAUCACGACGGAAGUGCUGAAGGCGGUUGUGGCUCAGUUUGAUGCUGGGGAGCUGAUCACUCAGCGAGAGAUGGUUUCUCAGAAGGUAUCGGACGAUUUGACCGAACGUGCGGCUCAGUUCGGUGUUAUUCUGGACGACAUCUCGAUUACUCAUCUGACUUUCGGCAAGGAAUUCACGCAAGCCGUCGAAAUGAAACAAGUCGCCCAGCAGGAAGCGGAAAAGGCCCGGUUCAUGGUUGAAAAGGCCGAACAGAUGAAGAAGGCUGCCAUCGUUUCGGCGGAAGGUGACGCUGAAGCUGCUGCUUUGUUGGCGAAAUCGUUCGGCGAUAGCGGAGAUGGUUUGGUGGAGCUGCGAAGAAUCGAAGCGGCCGAGGAUAUCGCCUACCAGAUGAGCCGAUCGCGAGGCAUCAUUUACCUGCCGGCAGGACAGACAACGUUGCUUAACUUGCCUCAGUAGAGUGGGAGUGGUUCGGAUUGAGGAAGCAUUUCAUAUUUCAUAAGUAGAUUCUAGAGGGAUCAGUUCAUUUCUGUGGGAAUCCAUGCGACAUAUGUUAUUUGAGGGGUCCAUGGUGAGGAUUGUGCUUCUCGGUUAUUAUCAUUUAGGGAGUCAAACCGAGCCAUCCAUUGUCCCGAUUGAGUGUCGUCACUUUCCAUCUUCGAGGUCGGCCGAAGCGAAUUAAGAUGCAUUUUCUGUUUUAUCUUCUGCGGCGAUCACAGAGACACAUUUUGUUGGCGUUAUCUUUAGUUUAAGAUUUGAAAACAAACUUUCUUUUUUAUAUAUUCCUUAAACAUAACCCAAAAUGAUAAAUUGUUGUGGAACAAUGUUUUCAGUGGAAACAAUAAAAUAUGUUCGGAAAAGGAAACAAA